CCAAGUACGUGCAUCGCAUCACCUGCAGUCACUUGUUCAACGACAUACCUACCUGCGCCGGCCACCAUCACCGCUCAAUUCACCACCUUCUGUCUUGCACAGCAUAGACAUGACUCGCUGGACGAGCGCGCUUCUUGCACUGCACUCAAUAGCGUUGCCAUCACAGCCGAGAAUCGGAUCCGCAUACCUGUAGCGUUGUUGCAGCACGUGUAUGCGACAGUGGCCUCAACUUGCGGCUCACCGAUAAUCACUUCGACGUCUUCACUUGGACCUGUACUGCAUUCGGCAUUGAAGGUGUCGGCGACAGUAUCCACACUUCCAGCAUUAGAGACGAUUUGCCAACUUCGAGGCGCCUUUAUCGAUAGAAGCGUCCUGAUACAAUGUCUGGAGGAUUCGACUUCCCGCCCGCCAGCGACACGAGCACCCCUAUCGGUUCCCUCACUCAACGCUUCGACAACCUGCGCCAGACCUUUCAGUCUGACCGCUCAUCUCGCCCACAUAUAGACCACUACAGUCCGUCGAACACCAGCACCAACUCUCAAUUCCUGCCGACCCCCCCACCUACCAUACCCCGGCCCCGACGACGUAUCGCACAUCCAAGGGGCAUGUCCUCGUCCACUACAAGCAAUAGUAGUGUAAGCAAUGGCUUACGACCACGGUCUGCCGGGUCAGCCCCGAGCCCGGGUUUUGCGUCGCGUUGGAGGCAGCUUGCGGAGGGGACGAGGGCGCACAUGCGAAGGCUACGUGAAGAGAUGAGCGAGGAGAGCGGAGGAAUUGCAGGAGAGCUUAGGGAACGCAGAGAUUUGCUUGAUAGAAUGAGCGAACACCUGGAUGAAGCCGAGACAAGAUUACGAGGUAUAGAAACUGCACCAUCUCCUCCGACAACGAAUUCGAGUAGUGUGCCGUCGAGACGGCGUUCUCAUAAGCGACGAAAACUAUCUCGAGACCACGAACCCUCCAUACAAAGUACGUCAGUCCUCGAACCCUACGGUCGUUAUGGUCAGGUAGUUCCUGGCCAGCUUAAGAUGGAGAUCGUUUUUUGUGACGGCGGCGAAUAUCCUGGAGAUCCACGCUCAGGAAUGUUGCAUAUGGAAGGCGGGAACUACCGCCCAGAGAAUGUGCUGAGAAAUGAUGAGAGCGUGUACUGCACCCGUAAUUCGCGGUGUAAUCUGAUGCUGAGGCAGAAGGGCGAGGCCCUGUUCCACCUGGAGAGCCUGAUCAUUGCAGCACCAAAGAGGGGUUAUACUGCACCGAUACAGCAGGGUCUCGUGUUCGUGGGCAUGUCUGCAGAAAAGCUUGCCACAUCAACAGCUAGCUAUUCGAUAUACUAUCCAGAUGAUACAUCAUCACCCGCAACUCAAGGUCGGGUGACACGCUCGCCUACUCCAUCUGCAGCAAUGUCGUUUAGAUCGAACCAACAUAUGCAGAACCCAGGCGCGCCCCCGCCCGCUGCAGCUCCGCUUCCACCACCUCGUGACUCUGACCGUCUUUCACUUCUUGAAGCAGUAAAUGAUGACCAAAUUUGGCAAGCCUCUCGUAGCCGCUACAACCUGGCUGAACCACCGUACAUAUUACCCCCACCCCGCCCCAGUAUGCGCGCUCAAUACCUGCAUGCUCCUAGUGGCCUGUCAAUGGGCGCGGAUGGCCGACUGGUGCCGGAAGAAGAGGGCGAUGAGGAGCGAGAGCGUGCGACGACAAUGGGUAAUGAGUGGCCAGAUAAUUGCGAUUGGCCCCUACCACCAAUGCAUGGAGGCGCGAAUGAAGAACCAGGUGAAGCGGCCGACGAAGGCAUUACACGUGCACCGACACCGCCUCAGCCUACAUUUACCGUCACGACAGUGAUGGAGAGCUCACAAUCGUCAGCCGCUUCUUCAGAAGACGAGAGCGAGCAAGCUCAGCGCAGGCGCGCAGCACGUGAAUCAAGCUACGGACUUCCGUAUGCGCUGCCCUCUCUGCUACAUCUGAACCCCACACAAGACGAGGACACGGCAUCAGACACGGACCCGGAUUUCACGCUCGAAGGGGCCGAGGAUGCACACAUGGGACUUAAUUACCGACACAGAAGCAUGAGGGAGAUGUAUCGCCGCCGCCACGGCCCGUUUGCACGCCCAAUUCGACGUAGUAGUCCAGGCAGGAUUGCAAGGAUAAACAUGGGCGAAGUCGAUGGAAAUGACGAGUGCAUAGAACCGAAUGCGAGGUUCUUCAUGCCCGAAGGCGACUGCAGGAUCACGAUCCGUUUUACUCCACCCAUAUCGGGCAAAUUCAUCUUGCUCAAGCUGUUCAGCCCCCAGCUGAGAGACGGGGGCAACAUCGAUAUCGAGUAUGUGGCUGCGCAUGGCUACUCGGGGCCUCGAUUCUUCCCGAGCUUGGAAAUUAAGUGAUGUCUCAGACUCCGGCGAUAGCAAAGCGGUUUGAUUGAUGAUUGUACUCGAGACUUUGACGAGACCUUUUUUUUUCGCUUAGCAUCACUGUCACAUGUUUCUUUUCCUUGGAGCAGCGGCUGGCCGGCCCUCACUGCGGCCGGCCCUCACUGUCGCCGCCUGCUGCGAGUGAACCAAGAGGUUUACCGGGAAAUAUAAAUCAUACGUUCAUGAAACACCUAGACCAGCGAGCAUGAGAAAGCUAUUUUAUUAAUCUUCAAUGGUUUCUUAGA